AUGGCACCUAUAGAGUUAGGAGAUAUUGGAAUUGGAAAAGAUGAAGAAGAAGAAUUGAAUAAUUCAAAGAGUAGUAGUAAUAGUGAUGGUGUGUUCUUGACUUGGAAUGAUUUGUGGGUUACUGUCUCCAAUAGAAAAUUAGGUGGCAGCAAAAACAUACUACUACUUCAAGGUCUCACUGGCUAUGCUCGCCCUAGUGAACUCUUAGCCGUCAUGGGUCCUUCUGGCUCUGGCAAAUCUACUCUUCUCAACGCUUUAGCUGGACGAUUGGAUUUCAGCACAAGGCAGAGCGGUGAUAUUCUGAUCAAUGGUCACAAACAAAAACUUUCUUAUGGAACAUCUGCUUACGUGACUCAAGAUGAAAUGUUGAUAGCAACACUAACGGUUAAAGAAGCAGUUUACUACUCAGCGCAACUUCAACUGUCAGAUUCCACGACAAAAUCAGAGAAGAAACGAAUAGCAGAGAAAAGUAUAAAGGAGAUGGGGUUACAAGAUGCGAUGAACACAAGAAUUGUAGGAAUCAGUGGAGGAGAAAAGAAAAGAUUAAGUAUUUGCAUGGAGAUUCUAACGCAACCAAAACUUCUUUUCCUUGACGAACCAACCAGUGGCCUUGACAGUGCUGCAUCUUAUUAUGUGAUGAACAGAAUUUCACGUCAAAGAUUUGGAAAAACCAUUAUUGCAUCCAUACAUCAACCUAGUGCUGAAGUUUUUAACCUCUUUCAAAACCUGUGCCUUUUGUCCUCAGGAAGAAUGGUAUAUUUUGGUCCAGCUAGUGCAGCAAUUGAG